GCGGGGCGGGCACAGGAGGGGGUGUGUCUGGAGUUGGGGCAGGCGGAUCCUUGAAGGUGGCAAAUUUCUUGGGCCCUCGGCGCCUGGGAACAGGUGGACAGGCCUGCUGGCCGAGGCUUCGGCCUCGAGCGUCGGGAAAUGGCGGCGAGGGGCAGACUGGAGGAUGGUUCCUUGGAUCCAACCCAAAGUAUUGAAGAGGACCCCCUUCUGGACACCCAGCCUCACCCACAUUACUCAUUACACGCUCAUUUUAGACCCAGAUUCCAUCCUCUUCCUACAAUCAUCAUAGCAAAUCUUCUCUUGUUAGUACAUGUUGUGUUUGUUGUUUUAGCAUUUCUGACAGGUGUGCUUUGUUCUUACCCUAACCCAAAUGAGGACAAGUGCCCGGGAAACUACACCAACCCGCUGAAAGUUCAGACGGUCAUAAUCCUUGGAAAAGUCAUUUUGUGGAUUCUGCACUUCCUUCUCGAACGCUACAUUCAGUAUCACCACAGCAAAGUAAGAAACCGAGGCUAUAACAUGAUCUACCGAUCAACAAGGCAUCUGAAAAGGCUUGCAUUAACCAUACACUCCACCGGCAACACAGCACUUCUCCUCAUCCUGUGCAUACAGCAUUCCUUCCCGGAGUCCAGCAGGCUGUAUCUGGACCUCAUCCUGGCCAUCCUGGCCCUGGAACUGAUCUGUUCCCUGACGUGUCUGCUCGUCUACACAGUGAAGAUUCGAAAAUUUAAUAAAGCCAAACCACAGCCUGAUGUACUUGAAGAAGAAAAAGGCUAUGCCUACCCCAGCAAUAUUACUUCAGAGACUGGAUUCAGGACUAUUUCAAGUCUAGAAGAAAUUGUUGAAAAGCAAGGAGACAUUAUCUUGUACCUGAAGCGACACAAUGCCCUGUUGAGCAAGCGGUUGUUGGCUUCCACUUCCCCUGACCUAGGCUCUCAUCCAAGUAGAAUAUGAGAGUUCAAGGUCAAGACAGCAAUUGCUGAGGAAUCCAGACUAAGACUGACUACCUGACAAGCUGUCAUAGCAAACUGCAGCUUUUGCCAAGUAACAGUUAACCAUUUUCGUCGGAAACCUGAAUUUGGUUCUCACCUAUGUGGCUGUGUGACAUGUAGGGCUGUGGAUCACGUGAAAAGUGAUUUGUAGUCUUGGUAACUAAAGGAGACUGUCUUUCUUGCACAUUUUGAAGUGAUUUAACUACCUGGUUUAUCCCAGGACCAACAGUAUAAACAUCUGAGCCAACACUUCCACAUGACCUAAGAGCCCUGUAAUAAUUUGGCUGUUUAUAGAGGGAAUCUGGCAUGCCAAUGAACUUAAAACAGGGAUUUGAUCGUAUUAAGUUUUUCCCACUUUUAAACUGACAGGGAAGGCAUUUGUGUUAAUGUUCCUUCCCAUGGAGCCUUAGCAUAUAUUUCAUAUGCUUGUGUCGUAUUGGAGAGCAGCUUGGCCGUUGUAGCUUUUAUAAAGAAUUUUUUCAUUGUAGAAUCAUGUUCUCACUAGGUUAUUGACUAUGCAAACUCCUACAAUUUUCCAUCCUCCAGAAAUAAGCUAUGAAGGUUACUUGGGUCAGUGUCAGCCUGACCAGUGCUAGACUGACCGUCGCUGUUACAUCUGUACAACCUUCCGGUGGCAACAGCUGAAGUACUUAGGAAACCUUCAACGUUCUCUCUAUUUUUGCCCUUUCUCCAGGAAGUUGCUGUGUAUUUCAGUAUUGACUGUCCCGUCACUGGAGCAGUACGUUCAGCAAUAGGAAAGGGGUCUCCUUUGGCUUAAGUUUGUCUAAAAAGUAAAAAGGACACGUCUCUUAGGCUUGGAUUAUACUUAAAAAUUAUGACGGGAAUAAAAUGUCCUAUCAACUUCUGUAUCAGAUAUUAAACACAUCUCAUGCCCCAGAUAAAGUGAAGCAUUUUUAGGAGUAAAUGGCAUUACUUCUGUUUUCCCAGUGUGCCCCUUUAUCAGUUGUUAUUGGCACCACGACAUGCCGCCGUAGAAACACUUUUGGUUGGGACCUUAAUAUGAGGGGAGGGCAUAAAGUAUGCUGCUAAUUUACUUUAUUUUUAGCGUCUUUGGUAUUUAGCUGAAUAAUCAGUGUUCGGUUUGGAAACCCUUAACCUAGACACAGCUGUCUGGCAAGGGACGUAGCCAUUCGUAGCCUCCACCACUCUUACUGAUGGUGGGCAAACACCUGUAUCCUUCAGAUACAGCCAUUGCGGGCAUUCUGAGUUUUCUACUAUAGUAAAGGUGAUGGUGUAUCACCUGCAGGCAAUACCAUUGAAUCCCCCAAAUGACAGGAUUCACAGACUAAAGCCAAACUAAUUUUAAAGUUCAGAUGAUCUCCAAGUUCCCUGACUUUCCCCCUCCCUUUUAUCUUUUUUUUUUUUUCCUUUGGUAUGUCUCAAAACCAUUGCCUUCUCUGAAAAUCUGUCUCUAUGACUUUGCUGUCAGCCAUUUUCUUUUUCUUUUUAAGAAGAUUUUACUAUUUUAGAGAGGGGAAGGGAAGGAGAAAGAGAGGGAGAGAAACAUCAAUACAUGGCUGCCUCUCUCACACCCCACUGGGGACCUGGCCCACACCCAGGCUUGUGCCCUGCCUGGAGAUCUCAAGCCGGCACUCAACCCACUGAGCCACACCAGCCAGGGCAGCUGUUUUCUUUUUCAAAAGGAAGACACUGAUGGUAGAUGAUUCAUUCUUAUUUAUUUUUAAAUUCAGUGUGAAUCUAGUCAGUUUCUAAGGUUUAUGGGAUGAACUUGGGUUUACAGAGAAUAUGGUAUAGUUCAAAAACGAGGAUACUCAGGGUCUAAUGUGUCAGCUCUGUGAACACCAGCACUCUUUAAAUCCAGUGACGAACAUUUCAAACAAUAAAAGAAAAUGAAAUUAAGUAC